AGAUGAGGAGACACCGAGGAGAGUUUCGGCUCGUCUGAUAUCACUCACAAACUCACUUCAGAAACCGCAAAACUUUCUGCGUUCGAGCUUUUUUUGCUUCAUUUAUCAGCUGUAUUUGAUCUUCAGCCGAUGACUGGCGUGUCUCGGCUCGCGGAUGAAGCAGAAGCAGAAGCAGGUGUGUUUAUCAGCUCCGUCAGAACAUGAGCUUCAGAGCCGCUGGAGCUGUCACCCGCGGACGGACUCAUGAGCGCUGCAUUCUGCUGCCAUCAGAUGGUUUUCAAGCUUCAGUUCAUGAUCCCUGAAGGCUUCAGCGACCCGUAGAGCUCAAACUGCACCAUGCUGGCGUGUCUGCAGAGACAGAACCAACCGGCCCAACACCAACACCAACACCUGACGUGUGCCGCGAAGAGCCUGGACGCGCCGCUCAAUCGCAGGAGUGAGGUGAUCUCUACGCGCUACCCAUCCACAGCCGAACUGGACUCCUAUGCACAAAGAACUGCCGAUAGCCCCCUUUCAAUCAAGAUCUUCCCCUCCAACAUCAGGGUCCCGCAGCACAAGCAAAUCAGCAGGACUGUCAACGGCUUGGACACCGCCGGCCAGGGCUUGGGCCCGUACUCGCACCCCUCCCAAGGCUUGCUGGCGAUCAUCAAGACUUCCUCCAAAGGUGUGUUGAAGAGUGCCGAUGGAAAACGAGCCAAGCUUUCCCCUAUCCAGAUGGCGGUGGCUCCGUACGCACCACCCAGCGGCAGCAGACACCGGCAGAGGCCGUAUAGCGUUGUGUCCCACGGCGUCGUCCAUCACAUGAGCCAUGCGUCCAACGUUCAAUCCACUCCUUCAUUCUUGGACACGAGUUUCGCCCAGAGUGCUCUGGCAUAUUCCGGAGCUGUGCUGCCUACUCAAAGCGCGGACUACUGGGCGCAGCGGCACUAUCCACACAUGUACGGGAGCGGGAGCGGAGCCGUCGUCAGCCGCUCGCCAGAGGCCUCCUACAGAUCACACCCUCCCAGUCUAACCAUUCUAGACAAGGUCCCGUCAUCCCCUGCCAUGCAUGGCGACUUCUCGGUCAGCCAGUUCUUCGCUCCUGCUUGGAAUAGCGUGCUUGCCACACCGGAUAGCGACUGUUACAGCCUUCAGGAUCUGCCUGCCGGCUCCACCAUGGCCCCGCGCCUCCAUCCGCACACCCAGCAGCCUGCGCCGUACCUGUGCUGCGGGCCGCAGGGGAAGAGCCUCAGCAGCAGCCUGCAGUCUCUGGAGUGCCUCAUCAGCGAGAUCCACCCGCCCUGCAUCAAGGAGCGCAUGCUGGGACGAGGGUACGACCCGCACCUUCAGCAGCCGGUGUUGAGAUAGAACACUUAUACUGGCUGAGCUGAAAGCGCCAGGGAGUAGGGUUGUGUGGGUCACAGGUUUAAAGGGUAAUGGUAAUCCACACUGACCGGAAGAGACACUGGAUCCUUUCCCAUCAUUAAUGGGUACUGUGUUCAUCAAGCUAGCGUCGGUGUGUGUUUACAGACGGUUUGAAGAGAUCUAGAGCUUUUCUAAGGCCUCUGGAAGAGUAUUUCCUAUCAUACACCGCCGUUCAAAAGUUUGGGGUUGUAAUG